UCGGUACGUGUCCGUGUAGGAAAUAGUGUGAGCUAAGGAAACUAAAAUAUUCUAUUCACAAGCCUCACUCUUUAAAUACUGCUUUGCAUUCAACGACAUUGCCUAAGUUUUCUCUCCUUUCCACCAACAACCCUUCCGUCUUAAUUUGCCUUCCAAUUUGGACUGUUUGGUUCUUAAAACCCACUCCAAAUUCCUUCCUCUGAAUCCAUCAUCAAUCCAUGGGGUUCCAAAUAACUCCCACGUCACCCGCCGGAAAAUGGCUUGGAUUUGUCGCCGCCGUUUGGGUCCAAGCCAUCUCCGGCAACAAUUACACCUUCUCAAACUACUCAGACGCACUCAAGUCCCUCAUGGCCCUCACUCAGCUCCAACUCAACAACCUCUCCGUCGCCAAAGACGUCGGCAAGGCCUUCGGCAUCCUCGCCGGCCUCGCCUCCGACCGCCUCCCCCCGCCGGUCCUCCUCCUCAUCGGUUCCAUCGAAGGAUUCAUUGGUUACGGUGUCCAAUGGCUUGUCGUCAGCCAGAGAAUUCAACCUCUCCCUUAUUGGCAGAUGUGUAUAUUUCUGUGUAUGGGAGGGAAUAGCACGACAUGGAUGAACACAGCAGUUCUGGUGACUUGCAUUCGGAAUUUCCAGAAGAACAGAGGACCGGUUUCUGGGAUUUUGAAAGGGUAUGUGGGGUUGAGCACCGCCAUAUUCACUGAUCUCUGUACUGCUCUGUUUUCCGAAGACCCUUCCACUUUUAUUCUCAUGCUCGCAAUUGUCCCCUUCCUUGUCUGCCUGACAGCAGUACUCUUCCUCCGUGAAAUCCCGCCGUCGUCGACGUCACGGGAAGAGAAAGAAGAAGUCCGAUACUUCGGAGUUUUCAAUGUCGUUGCUGUCAUUGUUGCUCUAUAUUUGCUGGCAUUUGAUGUUUCCGGAGCUCAUGGAGUAUUGUUUUCUCGAAUCUUUGCUAUUAUACUUCUCGUCCUCUUAGCUUCGCCAUUAUCGAUCCCUCUUUACCUUGCACUCCAGAAUUUUAACAGCUCCGAUUCAAAAUCUAGUUUGGAUGUUGAGCGUCAGGUGAAAGAACCGUUGCUGGUUCAGGAUAUUGGAGCUAAGUCGGAGACAGGGAAGAAGAUGGAGGUGGCAGUGGUGGAAAAUGGAAAUGGGUUGGUGGCAGUGGAGGAAAUGGUGGGGAAAGAUGAGGCGGAGGUGGAGAUUGAGCGGAGGAGACCGGUGAUUGGAGAAGACCACACGAUUAUGGAGGCGUUGAGGACCAUUGAUUUUUGGAUUUUGUUUGUAUCAUUUCUUUGCGGAGUGGGGACUGGUUUGGCUGUGAUGAAUAACAUGGGACAAAUGGGGCUGGCUCUUGGCUAUGUGGAUGUGUCCAUUUUCGUUUCACUCACUAGCAUUUGGGGAUUCUUUGGUCGCAUUAUUUCGGGUUCGGUUUCGGAGUAUUUCAUCAAGAAAGCUGGAACACCAAGACCUCUUUGGAAUGCAGCUUCGCAAAUUCUUAUGGCUGUCGGGUACAUUCUGAUGGCCAUGGCAUUGCCUGGUUCACUAUACAUUGGCUCAAUAAUUGUCGGGAUAUGCUAUGGAGUCCGCCUUGCUGUCACAGUUCCAACUGCCUCUGAACUAUUUGGCCUCAAAUAUUACGGUCUCAUCUACAACAUUUUAAUCCUCAACCUUCCGCUAGGCUCCUUCCUCUUCUCCGGCCUGCUUGCCGGAUUCUUAUACGACGCACAAGCUACUGAAACCGCCGGAGGUGGGAACACAUGCAUAGGUCCCCACUGUUACAGGCUUGUGUUUGUGGUCAUGGCUAUUGCUUGCAUUGUUGGAUUUGGUUUGGAUGUCUUACUGUCAAUCAGAACAAAGACACUGUAUUCCAAGAUUUAUGCUAGCAAGAGGUCAAGGAAAUCAGGAGCAGUACCUAAUGUCCAUUGAGUGAUCAUGAGUAAGUAUUCAAUACUCCGGGAUACCGGGAAAAUAGUACUCCCGACCAAUACAAGUUUGCUAUUUCCUAUCGGGAAAUGUUUUAUUUUGUUGGCUGGGGGUAUUCAAUAACCGCUAUCCCGGGGCUUUAAAUAUUUUUGUGAGUGAUCACAGGCUCAUCAAGAUGGGAGGACAAGAAGUAUGGGAUUGAUGGGCAAUUUCCUAAUGAAAUCCUUGCUUCACUUUUAGCUUUAUCUGAUAUCUCCCAAGAUCAGAGGCAUUGUACUGUAUGAGUUUCCGCAUAUUCCUCAUGAGAGCAUAAUAAUUGUUUGGAUUAAUAUUGCAUUUCAUAAUUCUAGAGCUCUAGUUAAAUUUGUUCCAUUUGUUGUAGCUUAAUGCAGUUGUAUUUUAGUUGAAUUCUAGAGAAAGAAAUGAAAAAACAAUUGUUAUAUUA